AUUUGUUCUAUUCUAUCCUUGCAAUGCUCGUGCGCAGAAAUGAUGGUCCAUUGAGUUUUCUCCAGUUCCCGCAAGGAACAUAUUCCUCUGGCAUUUACUGCAAUUUGGUUCGCUGUGUAGGUCGCAAUAAAAUCGUGCACUUAUUGUUUAGAAGGAUAAUCUGUUCAGUUGUGCCCGUUUGAACUUUUCGUUUACAACAAGUGUAGGUGGAGCACUGGAAACGGGCGAUUGACUUUCAUUCAUUUCCUCAGUGAAAAUCGAAGUAUGGCCAACCAAACAUAUUUUCUGGGAAUUUAUGUGGGGAUGAUGGUUCUCCUCGCCGUGCAAGGACUUCACUUAGAAGGUCUCUCGACGAAGAAGCCAAGGAUAGGGAAGGCUUCAACGAAAAAUGUGCCUGCGGCAACGUUGUCACCAUCGAGCACGUCUCUGUAUCGGGUGAAUAACUCGCUUGGGAACGCAUGCAUUUUGAUAAGGACUGAUGGCCUACUUAGCAUUAAAUAUCGUAAUAAGCUUAAGGAUGAUAUCGAGGCGGACGUUUUCCUUCCGGAUUAUCCUGAAUUAACAGGUGACUGCGUGCAGGAGGAUUUUGAAAGUUUAACGAUGAGCUUCAAGGGAUUCACGCUGAAAAUGUAUUUCCGAAAGACGCCUGGUGGGGAACGCUGGUAUAUCAGCAACGUGGAUCUGUUCUAUUCAUCAUCAAAUAAAAUCUUUGAACACAUCGACCGGCCAGGCCUUGAUGUUAAACUAACAACCCCUCCACACAGUUCAAUGCUCUUCCCAACGCCCGUUGGAAAAUCCUACACAUGUGACAAAGAGCAAGUCGUUACUAUGUUUUCAUCGGAUCGGAGUGAUAUGUCAGGACAUAUAGCCAAAUUAUAUCUUCGAGAACUGAAAAUGCAAUGUUUCAUGUUCAAAGAUACUAACCAGUGGGGGCCGACAUUCCAGUGUAGCGCGACUGGAACUUAUCGUGAUGAAGCUGCUCCUUUAGCUGUUGGAAUUACCCUAGCCGUUGCCGUUCUAGCAACUGUAGGUGGUUACGGAGCAUGGAGAUAUUUCAAAAUCAAAAAAGUCCAAUAUGGCACUAUGGAGUAAAGCGUUUCAGUUUAAGUUAGCUUACUAGGUAAAACCAUAUUUUAAUUAAUUGAGACGAUGUAAAUAGAUAUUAUGUUACUUUUAUGAUGCAGAAAAACUGAACUAAGGGAAUAUGUGGGUGAAGCAAGUGUUGUUCCUUGAAAAUUAGUCAAAACGGUCGCCAAAGGGCAGGUUCAUGAUGUCACAACUCCUUCUCUUUUGCUUGGACCUAAAAUAUUCUCUUGUUCAGACCCGUUGCAGUAUUAUCGCAAAACUAGGAUAAUAUACCAUAAAGUAGCGAAAGUGAAACAAAACUAACAAAACAUAUCCUCUACGAGUAAUCCAGUACAUGUAUCGUGUUAGCUGUAGAUAUUUUUACCAACACCCUCUAAGUUUUUUAGUUAAAAAGAAGACCCGGUGUUUGCGAUCCAGUUAGAGAGGGAAUCAUAGCCUGCCUUCCAAAAUAAUUCAAGGAAUCCUCUGGUAUGCGAAUAAAAUCGAAUAUUGUUGAGUUUAUUUAUAACAGAAAAAAAGCUAGCCAAGAUACUGUUUCUACUGUGUUUUGAUGUUGUGUUCGCUGCUGUCGAUGAUCUUUGCUAUUUCAUCGGCCUGCUGGCCGGAUCCACAUCCUUUAAAAAUUUCUUCCACCCUACUACUUCAUAACACCAUUAAUAUUAUAUGUUCUAUAACUUAUAAUGACUAUAACUAUAAUAUUUUCUGCAUUUUAUUUCUUCGUUAUCGCUAUUCUGCUAUGUUGAUUUUAGGGUCAGCUGAGUGUAGGGUUUCGACGGUUGAUGAAUUGUGGUAUUUGGCAUGGGGUGGAUGAGAAAAGCAUCUAGAGAACUAGUUUGCGUGGGUGGAAAAAAGAAACGUAGGCAGGGAAAUUUUUGAUUUAGGCAUCGAUGACGAUAUAAUUGUCAACAGCCCGCAACAAAACCAAACCACUUUGCAGUAUUUCAUUCGAAGCGAGGCCGGGGUAGCAAACGCCUUCAUCUUUUAUGAUGUAAAAACAAAUAUAACUCAUCACUGUUAGGAGGGUUGUAGAGAUAUUCCUAUCCUCUUUUCUAUGCUAUAAUUACAAUAGGCAGGUAGAAAAACCCAGUACCUCCAUUUUUUUCGGCAAAGAGGUACCAAGGUAUUAAUCGGAUCUCAAUCUCAAUCUCAAUCGGAUCUAAUGAUGGGAAAACCUUCCCGAAAUUGAUGAAGAGUGGGUGGAAUGGGGUCUAAAUUUUACAUUCUGCGCCAUAAUGAUCCGAAGGAUGUUAGUGCACAUGAGGAUCGAGAGUCGAAAGUAGCUUGCCCUUCAUCAACCAGGCAAGUCAACGACGAUGUGACAGACGACGUGGAAUCUUGUCUUCGAAGGAUAUUAGAACACUGUGAUAUACGUUUACAAUAUAAGUUUUACCGCCACGAAUAAGACCUUUCACUGCAUCAGCUUAUUAUUCUAAACACGAAGAUCCCUGAAACCGUCACAGAUUCCUAGGAAAAGUGGAAAUAGUUGGUCUGCAGGGGUUUCAGGUUGCAGUUUUGCUGAGAGAUCGGUAAAUACCAAUAUAAUUCCUUACACGCAUGUUACGAUGGUUUGCCAUUUCAUCAACGACUUGUUUGAACAUUAAUAACUUGAAAACUACUACUUUUAAGAAAAAUGUUUAUUAUUAUUUUUUCAAAAAAGCAAAAAAGCUGACUGACGGUUUCGUCCAGGGCAGAGGCAACUCAUCAGACGCUGCCUCACCUCUGCCCCCAGAUGAGAGGUGCAACACUCCUCCGGGAGAGAGGCACUAUAUAACUUUUAUUUCCUAUGCCACCCUCUACCGUCACCCAAAAUUUCAUACCAGUCGGUCAGGACUGAAAGAAGUCCCACCCGAUUUUCAGCUUUAAUGACUGGACUAAAAGAAAAAUCUCUCAUCUGCAUAUAUUCGUCAAUCCGGCUUAACGUUUCCACAAUCGGCCAGGUGUUAUAGUGUACUUUUGGUACAUAGUCGGAAACGUGAAAGGAUAGGUGCCUCUGGCUUAUUUUUGAAGUUUCUUGCCGUCCGAUUAGCGAGAAAGUUUUUCCUACUACUAAACGAUUACUGAUCAUGAAGGCGUCACUGUUGUAAUUACGUUUAACAACUCCGUGUCCUCCUAUUACUUUCUCGAGGAAGGUAUUGUGAGAGUCCAUCUGGACAUUUAGAUCACUCAUUACGAUCAUAAUGGCAUCUUAAGGAAGCCUCUUCUGGACUGUGUGCAGUUUUUCAUACAAGACGUCCCUGUUUUCUGUUGUUCCUGGAAGGAUAUCCCGCGGUUCAAAUCCUGUCAGAAAAUAGUUUCCUGGUCAAGGAGGGCGCUUUGGGGAACGUUGCAAUCUUCUCAAGAUUUUUAAGAAGCUUCACCGGAGAGAGGAAUCAAUUUCUAGAGUCAAACCAUUUUACUUCGCUCAGGAGUGUUCUGUGCCUUCCCUCUCCCCCUCCCCCCAUCGUGUUAUGGUGGACCUAGAGGUGUAUUUUUAUCUGCUGUGUGGUUAAAAUUCCGUUAGCGAUUAGGGUUUCAAAAAAGCAGCUUGCUAGUCCGAAAAUAUAAUUUAGCCGCUUCUUUCGACAAGAAGGAAAUACUUCGAAAGAAUUCAAGUCUACCAUUCAAAAGGGAGUCGCUAUAUCAGUGGAAAAUUUUCUUUUAAGCGGGCUUGGGCUUUCAUCUAAGGAUCGAAAACGCUUUUCAAAAAAGUAAAGGAUUUUAUUGAAUUAUUGAAUAAUUCAUUUGCGUUCCAAUAUCGUCAGAGCUUGCAUGGCCACUUGUGGCAUAGCAUAGAGAAAUCGUCCACUGCAGGGAGGGGAGGAGACGAUUCAAUAUUUGGAUGAUAGAUUAGUGUAGAUCAUACCCUCUAAUAUGAGUCCUUCUCAUUAUGUUCGCAACAAUAUUCUGGUCUAGCUUAGGCUGACUCGCAGAGUCCUCAUCCCUGAGCAAAAUCGCGAACAAUAGAGCAUGACAUAUCCUGGGUCCUCAGGUAUGCAAUCACAUACAGGACCAAAGGGAGAAUCGUCUACCGUGAAUCGGUACAGACACUUCCUGUAACCACCACUCUCUGAUAGAGAUCGCUUCAGGUGGUAUUUAAUUUCACGAUGUCGUUAAAGAGUGCACACUUCAAUACAGGGAAUCCCAGUGACCCAUCUAUAGGUCAUCCCAUCCUUGCUGCCACUUUUUGACUGACUUUCGCCUUGGCACUACAAUGUUCGGUAUUUCGUAUCCUUUUCAAGUAUUAUCACUUUUCUUUUCUUGUAUCUCACUUGCCAGAAUAUGCAUUGGAACCAUUAAAGCAACAAUAUACGUUGUAUCGCCUGAGAUUGUUGUGAAGGUGCAGCACAUCCUCAGCGCUACUAAACGUUUCAUAAUAUUUACUCUCCACCAAUUGCUCUCAAAAGUAGUGCUUCCUCCCAGAUCGGUGCUGUGUAUAUCAGGACUCCGGUCAUGAACCUCCAAUGUCGGGCAUCCGUGCUAGCGAUACGCUGGUAUUUGUUGCUUUCUCACAGGCAUACAUCAGUUGUACCAUGAAAUUUAUCUUCGCUAUUUAAAGUGAUAGUGAUGGAGGAAUAUUAAUUAUAUUAUAUAUUAAUCGUAUUUCUUCUCCUACGGUUGGUAAUCAACACCACCUUUGACUUCUAUUCCGCACCACCACCUUUGACUUCUUCUUCAACCUCGAUCAACUCCACCCAAGUUUUAAGGGGCUGGUGCGUACACUUUCACAUUUUCACGAUUUUUGUCGCUACGAUAACCACAGGUACAGGAAUCACAAGGAUCCCACUGUACAUCACGUUCCACGGGAGAAGACCCAAUACUGAGUCCCGUGGUCCUCCUGCUGCAUAUCGUAUUGAGUCCUUACCGAGUGGCUUAGCUAAGUAAAUAGGGACAUCCGCUUUAAUCCAAUCUUACAACGCUAGCAUUUAUUAGAGAAUAUCGCACAGCGAAACAGCUUCAAAAUCGCGUCUGUGGUAUCGAUCGUUGAAACAGUAUGACGAAAGGAAACCGUAUAGACGAAAAUAUAUUAUGAAUGACGCUUUCAUAUUUAUAAGGCAAAUCGGGUGGUAUAAUGAUUAGUCGCCCGGUUGCUUAUAAGGCUUUGGGAGCAAAAUUAGUUUCUACCUGUGCUACCGAAUGGGGCGAAUAGAGCCAAAUGGCGAAACCGAUCACGACGAGCCGACCCCGCUUGUGAACGGGAGAAAGGCUCGAGAAAAAGAAGAAGAAGUUACACCCAUUGACACGAAAUUUGGUGAAAACGUUGGAACUAGAUACUCCCACGCAUGCAAUGAAUUACAACUUUCAAUAUCGAAUUUGAGAGAGAGUAUUGUAUUUUUUUGGCUAAAUUCAAAUCACCACUAUAUGUAAUAAGUCUCGCCCUCAAAAUCCAUCCCGCAGAAAAACUCUUAUUCAACAAAUGUAGAAUUCUUAUAAACUUUUCAGCAGCAUGGUCCAACAGGAAUACAAAUUCUAAAUCGCACAUGUCCCUAUCAAACUCUUGAGUCUUCUUUUCAACGGGAAAACUAAGUAGAACUGCUCAGCACGCAAUUUUCCGUAUAACCGACUUGAACUUUUUUAUUUCCAAUCAGAGGUCUAUACUAUAUCGUCUCAUCGUAAUUUUUUUAUCUUUACCACUUGAUUCCCAAAUUAUUUUCUAAUCAGCACCUAUUGCUUCAUAUAUAAAUCACACGGAAAUUUAAGCUGAUAAGCUGCUUGCCUUUGCACAUAAUCGCACACUUUUCAGGCAAAAUACGCUAAAAGAAAAUAUAAAGCUAACACAAAAUUCAAUAAAUUCUACAUAAUUUUAAAUCGAUUGUAAUUAAAUAAUUUACGAAUGCGUAAAAUUAUAUUCCUAACAUACUUUGCUAUUUUUCAAGGGAUUUUUGAAACUUUAUCAUGGGUAAGAGGUGGGGAGUAAUUAUAUAUUUAACAAUUAAUUACUAAAAUGAUACUUACUGUUAAAAUGUCUUCCAUAUUUUGAAUCCAGAAUGAAAAAUGCAAAAUACAAAAAAUAUAAUUAUUGAGUAACGUUAAGUUUGUGUGAAAAAAGUUAGAAGAGAAUAAACGAGACAAAUUGAACAAAUUCAAUUAAACUAAUGAAUUAUUGAAACGUACAUAUGUAUAUCAAAUUAUAGCGCCAAAGUACUUAUAUUUUAGAGAGGAGAAAAGAUUAAAGAUUAUACUCGUACAUUAAAUGUAACAAAUUCCUCUAUGAAACUGACACAUUCAUUUGAACCAAACGUAUUUAUGGAUUUUUAUAGAAAUAUACUAACUCAACCCAGUUUACUUUUCAUUAAGAGUUAAGAUUUCUGAUUUUUUCAUUUUGUGUAAUGUCCUUGAGUAACACAAAAUUCAAGUACGUUUCUUUUCUGAAAGUAUUUAACCCAUGAAGUGACUGUGUAUUGAUCUAUAAUGCGUUUAAGAGUACUAAUAAAAUAAAAGUUUGACGAUUAUAUUAGACGAUA